GCAAUAAUGGGUGAAUGCACAUCUAAAGUUCAGGUAGAUAACACUUCUUAAGGUUUGGAUUUUAAUCGUUAUUCAACUUAUUAGAAACUAGAAAACAUAGCAAAUAAUAUUGCUUAAAGUAAAGGUUGAAAUAAUUGUAGCUGAAUAAAUUGAUACUACUUAUUCUUCAUUAAUUUAAAGAAUUAUUGCAGCUAAAUAAGAUCAUAUCUUAAAAUUGCUUAGUGUGAUGAAACCUUAAGAAAAGAAAGAAUUUAUGGCUAAAAUGGAAUCCAUAGAUUUUGAGACAGUUGAUUCAGUAUUCAUAUUAGUUCUAUUGCUUAGUUAUUUUAUCAUUGUUGUAAAUAGACUCAUAUGGAUAUAUUUAAAGGAUAAGUUAAAUUUUGUAGUAACCUUAUAGAAAAAGACUUAGAUCUAAUUUAGGUAUAGAUAUUUAUAAGAUAGUCAGUAACGUAAGGUUGGUUUUGUUUUAUUAUGUGGUGGUAAUAGUUCUCGAUUGCCUAAUAAAAUCCUUAACGAUAUAGGAUUUCCAUCCAGAAAAUGCAUUUUUUAAAUCAUGAUGGAACGAUUGAAAAAGAUUAUCUUAAUGGGUACUCUAUCAAUUUUUAAAAUAAUAAGCCUAAGAUACUAUGGAUUUUAGUGGAUUUCCAAUAGGGAUAUUGGUUUCUGAUUAAAAUGCAACGGCUUUUCAAUAAUAUCUAAAAAACAAAAAAGAUUUUGGAUUUCCAUACAUUCACAUAAUGUAACAAAAAUCUCUCCCAAUUAUCAAUAAGCAUGGAUAGGUCAUGUUUGAAUCUAAUUAACCUGUUUUAGCUCCAAAUGGUGCAGGAAGCAUCUUUUUAUAAUUAUCUACAUUUUAAAAGUAAAACUGUUAUUUUAAUUAGAAAAUUUCCAAAUAUGCAAUAUAUUCAUCUAUUAGGUUUUGAUAAUUUGGCAGGACUACCUUUAGAUCCUAUCAUCCUUAAUCUUAUUAAUUAAAGUUAAACAGAUGUAAUUUGUAAAGUUAUUGAAACAAAUUCAACAUAAGAUGAUAGAAUAUUUUAUUAAAAUGGAUACUUUAAAACUAUGGAAACUCAGGAUUCAAGUAUGACAGAAAAUCCAGAAAAUUUAGCAAAUAUGUGUUUGAAUGACAUGUAUAUAUCUGUUGCUUUUCUAAAUAAUUUAAAAUCAAAUCAUGAAAAAUCAAUGAAAUUUUCCUCAAGAUAUCAUGUUAUAAGAAGAGGACCAACAAUCUAAUUUGAGAAGCACAUUUAAGACAUUAUAGAAAUAGCAAAUUCAACUAUAUUGUAUUAGAUUGAAGACUACGCUAUUUUGGUUAAUGAUCCUAAAAAGGCUGUGAUUUAACUCUCCAAUGUUCAUAAAAAAUACUUAAAACUUGAAGGAACUCAAGAUGAAGAAUUAGUUGAAAUUACCCCUUAUAUGAGUUAUUGCGGAGAAGAUUUAAGAAAAUAAGAAAAUAUCACAUUCCCUCUGAUUAUAUGAUAUA